AUGUCUAACAAGCUGCUUUUGGAAGGCCUAAGCCCAGCAGAAAAGCUGUUUGGUUUUCGCACGCCAAAGAUGUACUUAAGUGUAGAGGGCUGCUGUAUUUGCUGAGCUAAGUCGUCCAGUUUUCGAUUCAUUGGCAGUAAAUGCUAUGAAAAGGACUUCCAGAGCUAUUUUGGGUUGCAUGAGACUCGUUCAGGACAUAUCUGUAAUGCCUGUGUCCUGCUUGUGAAAAGAUGGAAGAAACUGCCAACAGGAUCAAAAAAAAAAAAAAACCAAAAAACCUGGAAUCAUGUGGUAGACGCAAGGACAGGACCCAGUCUGAAGACUACAUUGAAACCAAAGAAAGUGAAAACUCUAUCUGGCAACAGGAUAAAAAGCAACCAGAUCAAUAAACUGCACAAGGAAUUUAAAUGUCACAGUUCUGAUGUUCACAGCACCUCAAGUGCCUCCUCUGCUCAGUCUCCUUGUUAUAGUAACCAGUCAGAUGAUGGCUCAGACACAGAGAUGGCCGCUGGCUCUAACAGAAUGCCAGAUUUUUCCUUCUCAGAUCUCACACACUGGAAGAGCCAGAAAAUAUGUUGUGGGAUUAUCUUUAAAGGCCAUUUUGGGGAAGUCUUCAUUGACACACAUCUAUUGAACCCUUAUCUUUCCAUUCCCAACCAGAUAAAGUCCCUCCUGUUCGAGUACAGACCCUUCCCUUUUACAAAAACAAAAACAAAAAACAGCAAGCAAAGAGCCCCCACCCUGGUCACACUCGAGUGCCCAAGCUCUCCUGAGAUCACAGGAAAGAGGGUCCCAAAGCCGGUCCUCUACCCUCGCAGCACACCUCCUCCCGCCCUGGGGGUCCGAGCGCCCCACGGCUCCACUACCGGGCCGGUGCCCCCACCCCCUAAACCCGGGGGCCAAGAGCACGCAACGCUCUGGGGUCCGCAGGGCGCAUGCAGGGGCUGUCGGUUCAGCGUGCCCCCCGCCCCCCGACGCUCAGCCCCUGGGGCCGCACAGACCCCAGGCCGCCCGGAUCAGGGUCAGGAGCUCGGUCUCCCCGCGCCCCCCACCCAACCUCCCUCGCCCCGGCAAUGCAAACCCGCAGGGAAGCCGGCGGGAGAGUUACCCGCCGAGGCCCAGGCGCGAAGACUGCAGAGGCGUGCGGGACUCUGCGGCGGGAGGCCUGCGGCUCUCCGGCCGCCCGCCGCCGCUCGCUCCAGCCGGCCGCUGCCUCUCCCGCGGCGCCUGCAGCAUCGGGCCGCCGAAGCCCGCGGCCGGCGGAAACCGGAGGAAGGUGGCCCGGGUCAGGGGCAGCGCCGGCACGAUUCCUCGUCCGCGGACCAGGCGGGGGAGCUGGGGAAGGCGCGGCGCCGAGCGGAGUCCGAGGCGCCCGGCCGCGCGCUGCCCUCCGCGCUGGGGUCCGGAUCCCAGGCGACUGCGCCGAGCGCCUCCGGAGCCGCGGGGUCGCUCCUCCUGCUCGUCUGCUGGCGCCAGACGCGCGGUGACCACGGCCGCCCCCGAGUCCACGGAGGAAGGUGCACUGCAGAGCGAGGCUGUGGGGGCUCCGCGCCCCCCGGAGCAGGGAGGCAGGAAAGCAGCCGAGCCCCUACCUUUCGGGCUGGGCGGACACCAGCCGCGCGCCCUUGCCGGGCGUCAGGGACGGAAAAUCACCACGACGGGAGGGCCCGGGUAAAGCAGCGGGUGGCUUCAGGACAAGGUGUGAGACAUCUUUGUGUGAAGAGGUGAUGCCUGGAGAUGGGGCAUCCAUCUCGAAGUGGUAGAGAACACAUCUGAGGUCAAGGCUAACAUCUGAGGCAGGCGGAGCAAGAAGACAGAAAGGGCCUGGAUCCCUGAUGAGCUGGAUGAGCUACUAAAUUAUCUACCCUGGAGUCAUCAUAUAAAAGCACCCUGCCUAUGCAACUAGCAGCACAGAACCUUGACCACCCAGGCUCCCAGCAGAAAGUAACUACAGCCUCUUUAUUGGUGUUAUCACAAUACUGGCUUUGAGAAUGGAUUUUGAAUGAAGAUUUCUGACCUGCUUUUCAGUUGUAUCAUAUUCAUCUUUGGGUCUCCAGUUUCUUCAAGAAUCCUGGUGUGAAAGAAUAUUACGCUUGUUGAGGGAAUGAAUGAGCUGGUUCUAACACUCAUAAGAUCAACUUCACCUCUCCUAAUUACCGAUUUAAUUCCAUUUGACAUUACGUUUUAUAGAUUCUGAGCAAAGUGGGAUACUCCCCCUUUUCCUAACAUCAGAAAACCUUGGAGAAAAGCAUUGUUAUUUUCACAGUCAAGCAUUUUAUCCUAAACCUGAGCAUCUGAAUAAAAGACAUUGACACCUG